UUUUGUAAUGUCACUUGCAGUAGGAAAACAUUGGCUUGUAAUUUGUACUGCUAAUUUGUUUAUUUAUAUUAUUCUUAUUUACUUUAAUUUAGCUUCAUCUAUUGAGACGUAGUGGAUACUAUUUUUAGAUUAUCAAUAUAACGCUAUAAUGUCCUUUUAACUGUCACAACGCUAAUUCAACAACCACACGUUUAUUCGUGCGUUAAUUUUGUGCUUGCAAACAUCUUACGAUGUUUAACCCUGAUAUAAAUGAUUACCAAUUGACUUCGAUAAUAACUGAAUGUUGUGGAGGGGUGGCUGUGGUUUACUCCGCUCUUUACAAGCCCAGCAACCAAAAUGUGGCCAUCAAGAGGUAUUUUGUUGACAAAACCAAAGAAAACGCCAGCUUAAUACAGCAAGACAUAGCAACACGUAAAGAACUGCAGCAUCCUAAUAUUUUACCAUACCUGACUUCUUUUGUACAUGGACGUGAGCUGUACGUGGUGUCUCCAUUGAUGACAUUUGGCUCGUGCCGUGACAUCCUGGACCGGUACUUCCCUGAGGGGUUGCCAGAGUUAGCGUGCGCUAUCAUAUUGCGAGACGUACUUCUUGCCUUGCAAUACCUACACAAGCAACUUUACAUUCACAGGAGUGUCCGCGCCAGCCAUGUGUUGGUGGGAGCCAACGGCGGCGUGCGGCUGUCGGGGCUCCGCAGUGCAGCUAGCAUGAUGCUGCGCGGGCGCAGACAGAAGCAGCUGCACAACCUACCACCACCAGACCAUGAUAAUGUCAACCUCAUGUGGCUUAGUCCAGAGCUGCUGGAACAGAACCUGAAGGGCUACGACGCACGCUCGGACAUGUACUCGCUGGGCGUGCUGUGCUGUGAGCUCGCCAACGGCGCCGUGCCCUUCGCGGAGAUACCCACCACCCUCAUGUUCACUGAGAAGGUCCGUGGCAGCCGGCCACAGCUGCUGGAUUGCUCAACGUUCCCGGAGCCGUGUCUAGAGGAUGGCGAGAUGAAGAAUGAGUUCGACACCCCACUCUCUCCCGAUAGUAUCGUGGACAUAUCGGUUUCGGAUCCGUUAUCCGAUAUCGGAUCGGACAAUGUGAAAGGUAUGUACAAUACGGAUAGCGGCGUCGGUGACAGCGAGGUUGCGCGCGCGCGGCUGCAGUACGCGCGCCGCAAGCUCAGCGACGCCUUCCACCAGCUCACCGAAAUGGCGCUGCAGAGGGACCCUGAUAAGCGGCCGACGGCGACGCAGCUGCUGAACCACGCGUUCUUCAAACAAGUCCGCAAGACUGACUUCCUGCCAGGUCUCAUCUCCAAGGUCAAGCCUAUUAAGCCAGAUCCUAGUGACAUGUCAGCGUUACUACUGCAACAGAAAAUGGCGGAAAUGGAGAUUGAGAAGACGACCGAAUGGGACUUCUAAUAGAGUAAUAGACAAUACAAUAACACUUCCCGGGUAUUGCUCUGGACAUGUGGCUUGUUUAUGGUCAAUUAACUUUAAUCCCUCUCCCCCCCCCCUCUCACUCUCUCUCUCUCUCUCUCCCCCAGUUUCUUCCCCGCCAUCUUAUUUUUUCGUCUCCACUUCGCAUUUUUGGCAUCCCCUGUCAAUACCAUCGUACAAUUAACAUUUGACCAAGUUAUAAAAUUGUUCUGAGUACGAUAUUCUGGAAUACAUUCCUUUACAAUGACUUGACGAAUUAAAAGAGAAUUUAUGUAGGUGCCUAAGAAUCUUGACAGAACGUUAUGACUCUAUAAAUUUUAGCCUUUAAUUGCACUCGCACGGAAAUGAAAGAAACUUGAGUUAUAGAUUGUUUAAAUGAAAAUGUACUUAAUUUAAACACUGAUCUGUAUAGAGGUAAUUAUUAUUCGGCAUUGUUUAUUCGCUCAACAAUUUUGAAUGUUAUGUGUAUAGACACAAAGCUCUAAUUCGCCAAAACAGAAACUUUUACAAGCAAACACUUAAGAUAUAAUUCAUUAUCAAAUAAUAAAAUUGCAAUAUCUCUUAUGAAUGUGGCAAUUGUUAUAAGGUAUAAAUACGACAAUACAACAAUUUACUAUACAGGGUGACUUAAUACAUUGGCUAUAUUUUGUCUACAUGCUCAGUCCACGAUUUUGAAUAACUUGUAAGAAGUAUGGGAGUAACUCCGAAAUAGCGAAAAAAUAAAUCGGCUGUUCUAUACAAAAUUGAAUACCUAUGUUGUGGAAAAUGUAUGGAUCAGCUGAUUUUUCUUUACCUAAUACGAAAAGUUAUUGAGUAUUCUUAAUAAAGAAUUUAAAAUGGUGAAGCUAUUGACGUAAGCCAGCCGCUUUUACACUAUCUCUCUCUUUCUCGAAGUUAAUGUAUGUUUUGUCUCAUUCUUUCAAUGUCAAAUAUUAUGAAGUACGAUAGUGACUAAGCAUACUUUAGCUUAAAGUACGCUUCAUCUGUUUUUUUUUAUGAAUAAGAGGGUAGUUAUUUAACGCUAGUUGACUUCCUUUAGCAACUUUCACACAUGUUCUUCAUCCUUAAUUAUUAUGACAUUUUUGAUAUUUUGAAAUUGCGUGCGACCCGGCCCGACAUCGCCAGAGUUCUUUAAACCUUCGAGGAUAAAUCGUCUAAAUAACAGUGGAAUCUGCAUCAAAAUCCGUUGCGUGGUUUAAAAGAAGAAAGCUUAGAAACAGAAAGACGCGGAGAACGAGUUUUUUAUGUAGCUAUUUAUAUCUUAUAUUUAGUUAUGAAAUUUUUUUAUUUUAUCACAUGAAUAACAUUAGUAUAAAAUUGUAAAUUAAUGAAGAAUUUUCCCAAUAUAAUAACAUUAGUAUAAAAUUGUAAAUUAAAAAGUCUGUAUAGGCUAAUUAUUUGUAUAAGGUUUUUUGAUCUGUGACAUAUUUUGCAAAUAACGGCGAACCGUAAGUAAGUUCUUAAACAAAUCUUAUUUAUUUAUCAAUUUAUGUACACAAGAACCUUACUAGUGUAAAGGCGGCCUAAGAAUAGAGAACUAACUCUAAUGCCGGCUCCACACUGUCGUCGAACAGUUUGCCAAACUUUGGCGGAUUCGGUAUACAUUGCUGGUUUUUCAUUGCGGUAAAUAAAAGCGCUCAUACUAACUACGCAAUGUUCACGCAUUGGCGUCGGCAUGGGUCUAAAUUCGACGACAGUGUGGAGUUGGUAUAAUAAAAAUAGUUGUUAAACACGGUUAACAUCGUAGUGUAGACAGAGAAAACAACAGACAUUCUAAUGUUUUCCAUUUCGUUUAUACAAGACAGAGAAACGCGUACUAGGCUAGGAAUAGACGAAGAGAAACGGGACAGAGUGCUAUUUAUAGUAUCUUUUGUCCCUUUGAGCCUGUCGCCUUUUACAAGGUUCUUCGUACUACGUUUUGUCUCAUGUGGCUACGAUCACCGCUUCUCCAUAUGUUUUUUCAGUCUAUUGGACGCCACAAAUAUUUUUGUACUUACAUAGGCACAACAUAUGGAAAUUUCUUCUGGUACAGACAAUAUCCGGGAUUAUGCAUAAUAAUACGAUAAUUAUAAUUAGAUUAAUAUAUGACAUAUUUUAACAAUAUAUAUUUAGACCAGACGUUGCUACUGUGAUUGAAUAAACAAUUAGUUUGUUAA